AUGGGCGAUGCCACUGACUCCGGAUGGGAGCGCAGCGACGCCGCCGCGCAUGCGCGCGCGCUCGUGCAAGCGGCUCAGGCCCGCAGGGGCGGCGAGGGCGACCGGGAGGUUGCUGAACGCUGCCAUGCGCUCGGCAGUCUGUCGCAGCUGCUGCUGGCGCCCGCGGGGAGCGGGGCGGUGGCGGCGUGCUGGCGGGAGCUCUGGACGCCUCUGCAAAACCUCUGCAAUGACAGGCUGUUCGCCGUUGCCCAAGCAGCCGCGCUCGCAUGCGGCAUCCUCGCUGCGGCCGUGUCACACACUCUCCCCGCCUCGAGAAACGAACCCUCAGCAGCCACAGAACAUUCUGGUUCGUCUCAGCGCGUCGAAAACCAACCACCGUGGAGUCCUGAGAAUCUCCCCUUCAACAACUUUCCCCCUCCCACCGGAUGGGGCGACACAGUCCUUCAGGCCGCCCCAACAGGGUGGGGGGGCGACCCCCUCCCCACGAACAACCCCCCCAAAGCGCCAAACUCCCGAGGCCGCUCCUCUCCCCGGGGUCUCUUCAAGCGCGGAGCCAGGGAGGCCGCGCCCCCCGAUCCUGAGCGCAUGGAAGAGAGGCGUUGGCUAGCGGGAUUCUUCCAAUGGGCGCGCACUCUACUCUCAGACGGCCUCCAGAGGACACCCCCGCCAGGGAACGCCCGCGCGGCGGCUGCGCUCCUGGCUUUGCACGAAGCGUUUGCGCGGGGCGCGGCGGGGGCUUUGCAACUAGAGGCGGGGAAGAUGCUGGUGGCGGUUCAGGCGCUUCUGGAGGAUGAGGAGACGCCGAUUGGGCUGCUGUCCCGGCUGGUGCAUCUGGUUGCGGCGCUGGGAAAGAACUUUCCAGGCGCUUUCACCGGCCACCAGUUCGUGGACAUCGUCGACGUGCUUCUGGGGUGGGCCCUCGACCCGAGCCUCCCCGAAGGGCUCCACCACCAGAUGACGCAGGGCGCCUUUUUGCACUUCCACGCCUCCCUGUGGGGCGAGAGCUACCAGUUCGCGGUUAACCUGCUAUCGAAGCUGGUUAGCGACCUGGGGCGCUUGACCAAUGUUCCCGCCAAGGAAGGCCCUGCCGGCGGACACGUGCGGACGGAUGGUGUUUCGGACGGGGCGGGAGCAGAGGGAUCAUCGAAGCCGUCCGUUUUGGACGUUCGGGCAGACUUGGAGGGAAAGCGGACGGUGGAUAAGGAGCCUGCGAUUGCGGACGUUCGAGCAAAGGCAGAUUUGGAGGACGGUCGGACGGUGGACACGGAGCCUGUCGUUUCGGACGUCCCAGCAAAGGAGACAGAUCAGACGGUCAAGGAGGAGUCGUCAAGCGAUCCUUUGAACGGAGAUCGGACAGAGAAGGAGAAGGACCCCGUCGCUUUGGACACACAACGAUUGCUGGGUGACUUGAAGUCAGAUGGAGUCAGACGGACUGGCAGGUCGGAAAAGCUGGAGAGUGAGCCGGGAGGAGAUGCAGAGGGGAAGGCAACGGGGCUCUCUGAGCGUGUUCCGGGUUCGGGUAUGCCUGAGGCGAGGGAGGGCGGAGAAGAGAGUGCGUUUCUGGAGAGUGGGACAGAGACGAGGGAAACGAGGUUGGACCAGGCGGAUGGACAAGAAAGCGUUAAUGAGGCGCUUGCUCGAACGACAGUAGGGGCGGAGCGGGAUAAUGCAGAGGAGAAGCAGUUGGGAGGCUCAAGCUUGGAAAGGGAAGGGUGGCAAGCAGGCGAGGAGAUUGGAAAGUCUUUGGCACGUGCUGGUGAAAAUCGAGCGGGCGAGCCCUUGGACGGGCUUAGAGACACAAAGGCUCAUACGGAUAAAAAGACAGCGGGCGAGGAUGUCAUAUUUCUGGAAGCAGAGGGGAUAGGCGCCGUAAGAGCGAAGGAAGCGGCCACUUCGGAGGCAGCCCGGACCGUUGCUCCGUCUAAAGACACUGUAAACCCACCGGUUCCGACGGAGCAGGAACUCAGCAUCCUGUCCAAGGAGAAAGCUGUAACCCCCGAACCCACGGUUUCGCCAGAACCCAAGCUAACCCCAGAGCAAACCGGGCACCUACUAUGCCUCCUCCGGUGCUUUGAGUCCGUCCUGGAAGCGCUGACGUCAUCCCUAUUCUCCUCGGGGCGCGCCAAAACCCUCCGACCCUUCGCUAGGCAGUGGCUCCCACAGAUUUUGGGGUGCGCGAAGCGGGUGGGCAGCCAAUUGCAGGACGCCACGUGGACGAGGGAGUGCUGCCGGAGCCUGGCGGUGCUUGCAGAGAUCCUAGGGGAGGGGUUUGCGGCGUUUUAUUCGGAGGCACUGGAUUACCUGCUGGAGACUCUGGAUCAUGCGGCGGGGCACUUCGAGGCAGCGCAGGUGGCCGCGGUUCUCCAAGUCAACCAGCAACUACUCGCUUCGCAGCGUGUCAGCCUCCCCCCCUCAGCCGUAGCCGUUCUCCUCUCCAGCCCCGCCCUCUCCCGCCUCCGCAACCACCCGCACCCCGCCGUGGUCCAUGCUGUCGUCAGCACUUCCCUCUACCUGCUCCAACACGAUUCUGCUGACGUGGCACACACAAGCUUGUCCGUGGUGCAUCGUAAAAUGCGUGGGGGCUUCGAGGGUGUCGUUGGGAAGGGGUUCAGGACGCGGUUUGCGGGCAACCGGGAUGCGGAGAGCGCUCUGGCGCUUCUGAACCUGGACGUUGAGUUGCUCACGGCGUGCGCUGUGCGAGGUUUGGCUUCGAGAAGGUCUCUUAGUGGUGACGAUCAAGGGGCACAGGCGGCGCCAGCAGAACCGCCAGGGAAGAUGCCAACCGCGGGCCCUGUAGACCCCACCGCAAGCGACCAGCCGGGCCUUGGGGAUGCAAACCUCAGCAGAACAGGGCCUCCUAGCAGUACACAGCCGGAGCAAACCCCCUGUCAGAGAGCGGUCCACAUCCUCGUGGCGUUUUUCGUAGAGGCGGAACCGUUGCCCCAGCUUCGGGAGGCCCUGUUCGACGCCCUGCAGACGAUCCGCCAUGCUGCAUCUGAAGCGGGGUUGCGUUUACAGGGCCUCCUGGCGGCCCGGCUGUGCGCGCUCUCCUUUUCUCGCGCAUCGUCGUUCGACUUGAAAGUCAAGGCGCUCAGUUGGGUUCAGCAGCUUCUUGACACACCAGAGCCCUCCUCAGCAUCAAGUGUCAGUGUUCCCCCAGGCGGUGUCAAGUCCCUCAACCCCUGGUGCGGGUCGUUGGGGCAGACACUAUUCCCCGCUCUGCUAGCGGCUCUCAGCGACCCCGAAGAGGACGUACGAGAAAAGGCAGCGGCGAUCCUCCUGUCCGGACUCGGGGCCGGGCUGCUGACGUGGCAACAGACGGAGGAGCUGGCGCAAGCGGCGGCAUGGCUGAAGGGUGACGUCAGCAAGCGGGUUGCGCAGGUCGGGAGCGCUUUGCUUCGAGAGGCGGGACUGGCUUUGUGGCUGGAUGGGAACGGUGGAGCGGCCGCGAAGUAUGGAGGUGCCCUUCACCAGAUCGCGAUUGCCAAGCAGUCCCGCUCUUUCCGGCCCCAGCAGCUCGCUCUGCUCCUCCAAUACCUGGGGCAAACUCAGCAUCAAACGGACCCCCCCCUAGUAGACGACUGGCUCCAGCGCCUCCUCCACAGCCUCAGCCCUCCCCCCAACACAGACCUCGAAUCCCUCCCCCCCUCCCACGUCGAAGGUGUACCCCCCCUGGAACAGGAGAGCCAUGAACAGGGUGCCGGUAAAGUCGAUUCUGACUGGCUGCAGCUUGCGUCAAUCAGCCACGUGGCAGCCCAGCACUGGUUGGUCCAAGAGGCGGCGCGGCACUGCGUGUCUCUGAAGCUGCGGACGCACUUCGGUGGCCCGACACAGACCUUUGCCGCGAUUGAGCAGCUGCUGAAGACAGCUGUCGCGCAGCUAUUGGCCGGGAACGACGAGGGGAAAGACCUGGGGCACUGGAAGCUCGCUCCGAUGCACUUCCUCCUCGAGUUUGUUGACGCGCUCGAGAGGCAGAUCUGGGGGGCUACUCACGGCUCGGGAAUCCUACCCCCCUUUGCGGAGGAGGUCGGGGCGUUCUUCGCUGGGAACAGGAAGGUGGUGGACGAGUGGUUUGCUCGACUCAGGGGCCUGCUGAUGCAAGCAACGAGCACUCUGCAGGACCACUCUGCUGCAACUUGGCAUGCAAGCCUCCGGCUCGAGGGGCUGCGAAACGCCGCAAGAGCGCUGGCAAGCCAACCCGACCGGAAAGGCGCCGAUGUCUGGGGCCGAUUGCAGAAAGACGUCACUACAGCAGUGCGCCAGCUGGCACUCUCGCUGACGUCAGCAGGGGAGCCGGACGCAGUCCAGGGUCUGGGAGUUUGGAUCAAGCAGGCUUUCCCGAAACAGCUGUGGCUCGGUGGUUCCGAAACGGGGGGAGGUUCCGCUGAGAGUCCCGCGAACAAUUUUGGUUGGCUUGAGAUCAUGCGAUUGCAAGCUUCCGGGCAGUACGAAGCGUCUUUGGCCAAGAGCGAAGAGGCGCUGAACCCGCAGGCGCUCCAGGGGUUGGCUGUGGAAAACGCGCGGUUGCUGGUGGAGCGGGCAUGUGCCGGUUAUGCUGCGGUCACGGACUGGCAGGGUUUGCAGGCGUGGUUAGCGAAGGUGCAAGGGUCAAAAGCGGCAAACGCGGGCGCUCCAUGGACGGCUGGGCUAAGCUUUGCGGGUUUGGACCUUAACCCCGUUUUAGCCCUGGGAGAGUUCGACGAGGGGGAUGUGGACGGGGCUUGGAGCCAUCUGGACCGGACCUCGAAGGAGAACCGGAGGGUUACGCUUCACCCGCGGUUAGCGGUGCAAAGGGGAGAGCAGAUGCUUCUGCAGGUGAUGUUGGGAGCGUCGGGGAACGAGGAAAAAGCGAGGGAGGACCUUGCCGCAGCGAAGGCGCUUCUAGAUGACCCAGAGUCAGCAGCGGUGACUGCGGGAAGUCUAGCGGAUCGUGGGCAGUGCCUGGCGCAGGCGGAGUGCUACAGGAUCGUGGAAAAUGCUCUCGCCGGGGCCCGCGAGCUGCCAGCAACUUCGGUUGCAAUUCUCCGCGACGCCUGUCAGCAGGGGCAGCACUUUGACACUUUCCGGCCGGAGUGGCUGAAGCUGCUCAGAGCGGUGCGGUUCGGCGUUAAACUCGGAGACACGGCGGCGAGGCAGAGUCGUUCGACCUCCGCUGCUCAGCCCAACAUUUCUGUUUCCGUGCUUCGAGCCAUCCAUUUGCAGCUGGUUAAGUUAGCCAGAAUGCAAGGGAACGUUCGGCUUGCUGAGCGCUUGCUUGCGCAAGGUCCCCUCCGGUCACAGCUAAGCCCACAGUUCGAGCAAACAGAUCCUUCUCUUACGUUAGAGCACGCCUUGGUUUCGCACGAUCUCGGCCGUCUCAACGACGCAGUAGCGCAGCUUGCAGAGCUCGCCGGCCUCUCUGCCGGUGAGAACGCACUCGAAACGGGCGUUCCUGCUGGUGCGGCUAACCCACCGGAGUCUACUCUCACCGCCCGAGCCUGCCUGAAACUAGCAGGGUGGGCACAGGCCCCUAGGACGUCCCCACUAGUAUCCGAACGGCUGGCGGGAGCGGUCAGCGCAGGGGCCGGAUUGGGGUCGGAAGUCAGCGUCGAGGAGCGUGCUCUGUCACGGGCCAUCGGGAUUGCCCCCCGGUUUGGAAAGGCGUGGUAUCGACACGCAGUCUGGUGCGACGGCGCAAGUCCGGGCGGUGAAGGCUUGGCUUCAAAGCUGACCGGGGAGGAGCGAGAAGCAGUGGCCAGACUAGUCAGGGCACUGGAGAGAGAGGGAUCGGGGCCAGAGCCGAACGGCGAUCGAAGCAGGUUAAUCGAGAAGAUUGCUGCAGCCAUGGAGUCUCCUGGGGGGACCACUGAUCGCCCAGCUUCCGCGGAGAAAGGGGUGCGGAACUUGGAGCCCGCCAGCUGGGUGCUCGAGGGGAACCUUACCCGUGAGAUCCAGAGUCUGUGCUCUUCCGAAGGGGUUGCGUGCGGCGACGAGCAACUGACGGCCUUCAUCUCUCUGUGGCGGGUUGCGCGAGCGCGGAGGUUGGGACGAGCGACCGGGGCUAUUCGGGGCUACUCCCGCUUCCUCUCCCUCAGCCUGUCCUCCCCCAGGGGCGAUGACGUCAGCGGCAAGGCCGAUGACGUCAUCAGUGUCGCCCCCGUCCGCGAGGACCGCGCCCUCCGCGCCCUCGUGCGCCUGCUCCAGCUGGUGGGCGAUCACAGCGCGGUUCUCUCCGGGGGGAUCCCUCAAGCCGCGGCUUCAGGGGGCGUCCCCGAAAAGGGGGGGGAUACUCACGCACUGGGUUCAGGGGGUGUCGCCGAAGCUCUGGGCGCGGUUCCGGGGUUUGCCUGGCAGGCGGUCCUGCCGCAGCUGUUUGCCCUGGCGAGGCGGCACCCGCAGGCGGAGGUCCGGGGGCAAGUUUUGGGCGUUUUGGAGCGGGUGGCACGGGAACUGCCGUGGGCGGUUCUAUACCCCGUGCUGGCGGAUAGCAGCGAGGAGGGGGCGGGGCCGGAGUUGGCUUCGCUUAGGGCAAUUCUGCUCGAAGUGGCCCCCGCCGCAGUGACCGACACCGAGCACAUGCUGGGCUCCUCGGGCCUUCAGCGCCUACUCCUUCUAUGGAGCGAAGUCUGGCUCCAGCUCCUGACCGACCUCAGCCAUGACGUCAGCAAGCGCCUCGGCACGCUUCACAAAGAGAUGCAGCGCACGGCCGCCAACGCAAGCCUGACGUCAGCCGACCGGGUGCGCAUCAACCGGGCGAAGUAUGCGGCGCUCAUGACCCCCGUUGCGGUGCUGAUCGAGCGGAAGCUCGGCAACACGUCAGCAAAGCGGGGGAGUGCUUACGAUGACGUCUUCCGUGAGCGGUUCGCGCCAAAGCUCCGGACGGCGCUGGCGCAGUUGCGCGAACCGCCGGCGGUGCUGUCAGAGGUUGACAACACCACGUUUGCUGACGUGGCAUCGCUGAAGGCCGCGUGCUGGGGCUCCUUCGCGUCGGUCGCGCACGAGCUGACGUCAGAGCUGCAGAAGCAUACGCUCCCGCUUGCGGACCUCGCCCCGAGCCUCGCACGAAUCACAAACAGCCACGUGCCCCUCCCUGGCUUCGAGUCCCAGACCCCAUCGCUUAUCCCCACAAGCCCUCCACAAACGACCACUUUCCGCAAUACUGCAAGUACUCUCCUGUCUACAGAAACUCUAGAAAUUCUGACUCCGGGUACGGAGGGAGUGGUGACGAUAGCGGGGCUGACUGCUGACGUGGCGAUGCUGAGCACGAAGACGCGGCCGAAGCGGAUCGGGCUGGUGGGCUCCGACGGGCGGCGGUACCAUUACCUGCUCAAGGGACGGGAAGACCUGCGGUUGGACGCGCAGAUUAUGCAGGUCCUCCGCGCCUGCAACAGCGUCCUCCGCUCCCGCCGCUCCUCCCGCGUGCGCGACCUCUCCAUCCGUCACUACUCCGUCACACCGAUCGGGCCUAAAGCCGGGCUGAUCCAAUGGGUCCCCGGACUUCAAUCCAUCUACAGCUGCUACAAAGCGUGGCUCCAAAGACAAUACGCGCUGCAAGCCAAGGCGGGGCGAGCGGCCGGGCAAGAAGUGCCACCGCACCCGCCGCGGCCGAGCGACCUGUACUACGCCAAGAUCAUGGCCGGCCUCAAGGAGAAGGGGCUGCGGCGUGUGACGAGUCGUAAGGAGUGGCCACAGGACGUGAAGCGGAAGGUCCUGAUCGAGCUCAUGAAAGACACACCCCGGCAGCUGCUCGCGAAAGAGCUGUGGCUCGCCAGCAGCGGAGCGGCGUCAGCAUUUGAGAGGCAGCAGCGAUACUCCCGCACUGCCGCCGUGAUGAGCAUGGUCGGCCACGUGUUGGGCCUGGGCGACCGCCACCUGGACAACAUCCUGAUCGACUUCGCGACUGCUGACGUGGUCCACAUCGACCACAACGUGGCGUUUGACAAGGGGCUCAAGCUGCGCGUGCCGGAAGUGGUGCCGUUCCGACUGACGCCCAUCAUGCAGCAAGCGCUCGGCCUGACCGGGGUCGAGGGCACCUUCCGUGUCGCGUGCGAGGAGACGCUUGCCGCCCUUCGCGCCAACACGCCGUCUCUCCUGGGCCUCUUGGAAGUGUUCACUUGGGAGCCGUUGGCCGAGUGGACCGCUGCGGACGGAGCGGCGCUGGAGCGGGAGGAGCGCCAAGGAAUGGAGGUGGCCGUCAGCCUGAGUCUGCUCGCCAGCCGACUGCAAGAACAGCAGCAGGCCAUGCAGGAGCACCGCGACUUCCUCGUCAGCAGCGUCCCCGCGCUCUACUCCGAGCUCGUUCCGUUCUUCUCCGCUCACCUCGCCUUCCGAGACGCGGUCAACGCGGCCACCGCUCUUCAACAAACGGCCCAAAGUCUAGCCGGCCAAGGCAUGAUGCUCGAACUUCAGCUCGGGGGCGCUCAAGCGGCGACCCAAAAGGCGGAGAGCAGCCUAGCAGAGUCGCUGCAACAGAUGGAGGCCUUGCGGGCGGGGGUGGAAGCGGCUGCGAAGGAGAGCCGGCAGUGGUGGGACCAGCACGAGACCGCCGUACAGGGCCUCAAGGGAAGCGGGCCGGCCAAAGAGCAGGUCGCCUCGGUUCUCUUAGCAGCCAGCCACGCCCCGCCUCCGCACACGCUGACCCUCUUGGGGGCCCUUGAGAGCACCGGACUUGGCGCUUCCAUGCUCCCCCAAAACUUGCUGCUCUCCUGCCAAGCCGUCGACGCCCGCACCCUGCAACUCUCCCAAGCCCGAAGCAGCACCCUUGCAGAGGGUGUGAAUGCACUCCAGGGUUACCGGCGGGCGCUAUUGGAGCUGUUACCGGUCGAUUACGCGGAAGGGAGUGCGGUCUGGAAGUGUGUGCAGAGCAUGGAGAAGGCGGUUAGCGGGGCGGGUUUGGCUGACCUGGCUGAGUUACUGGAGGGUUUGGUGGGGCUGACGGAGGAGCAAAGCGAGGCGGCAGUGCCGGAGUAUGUGCCGCUGAGAAACGGGUUAGCGGCGGUUGAGGACCAGUUACGGAAGCUGGUUAGGGAGGUCCCAGCAGCGGAACCGCUUUUGAGCAGGGAGAGAGAGGCGUUUGAUCAGGUUAGCGGUUGGCUCGGGUUAGAGUCCGAAGAAACUCAGCAGGAGGAGGCGUCCUUUUUCGGACGGUUUGGAUCGUUCGAACCGCCGGCCCGGCGCCCGAUCCCCCCUGGAAAAGCGCAGGAGCUGAGGUCAGCUGCGCACCGGGCGACGGUGUCACUUGCGGACGAUUUGGACGCCUUGAGACAGAAGACGGACGUACGAUUGGCUGCGAAAGCGCUGGAGGCCCUUCUCGACAAGUGCGGAGCGCUGCACAGAGUCGUCGAGCUGGCGGCGCCCAACCAGGCAGCGCCAGGUGGCACUCCCUCGUCGGCCGCUCUGUGCGAAGCGCUGAGUUCAAUCCACUGGGGAGCGGACGCUUUCGAGCGGAAGCUGCUUCCAGAACUGAGCGCCGCGCUGCUGAAGAGAGAUGCGGACGUCCGAGAAGCGCUGCGGGCCGUCCGAACCAUGUGGGCUGACGUCAGCGGGUUGAUUUUGGCUGCGGAAGAGGCAGCGGAGCGGGGCGCAAGGAUUGCGGAGACGGAGCGGCGGCUUGCGGACAUGGGGGUGCGGCUGGAGGGCCUACGUCUGGUGGCGCAGGCGUCCGAAACGUCAGCGAGGGUGUCCGACUUCUUAGGCGGACAGAGCGGAGUGGUGGGAGAAGCGCCCGGUCUAGUGAAUGGGGAAGACGGGGCGAUCCUCGCGUCUCUGGAGAGCGUUAAGGGGGCGUUUGACGAGAACCCUUUGCAGGAGUCUGCGCGGCAGCUCUCUCAGGAAAGUGCACUGGAGAGCCACCAGACGGACUUAGGGCUGAGUCCUGGAGACAGGUUCUUAGCCAGUCAAGAUGCCGGCUUUGAGCACCCUCAAAAAGGCAGGGAACGGAGCCCACGUGGGUUCCCGUCUCAGAGCCGAGAGGGAGUGUCCGAUGUUGGCAGACCCGAUGAGCCGAUGGACGCUGUCCGAGAGGCGAAGCAAGCGCGGGAUGCGCUCGAGAAAGAGAUUGCGGCGCUGAGAAAGGAACUAGAGCGGGAGAAAGGGCGGACGGACGCGGAUGGGGCGGCGGAGAUCCUGGGAGCCGUGCGUGCUGCGAAAGAACGCUUCACGGCUCUUCUCGAUAAGGAUUCUCGAGGGGUCGUAAAGCGCGCGGCGGAAGAGUUGGAGAGACUGGUCGGCGGAUCCGUCGCUUCGCUCCGUUCCGCUUCCAGCGGAGCGUUCGGUUCCGAGGACGGCGAUGAGAUCUGGAACGUUCCCAAGAAUCUGACGGAGGAAGCGGCGUUUGUCUCGCAGCUGGGUCUGCUUGCGGCGGUCGCCGAGGCGUGCAUGCUGACGUCAGGGCCGAGUGUGCUGACGGUGCAAGUGGAAACGGCGGGGCUGCAAAGGCUGUGGGAAGCGCUAGGCGGCUUGGUGAUGGGGCAGAUUUUCCCGGCGGCCAUGGCGGCGUUGGCAGAAUUUGCGGUGAAACUAGAGCCGGGAGAAAAGGCUGACGUAAGCGGGGAGGUAGGGUCGCUCCUGGAGAGGUAUGCGAAUGCUGCCGUGGAACUGGGCCCGGUGCAGAGGCGGACGAAGGAACUAGAGCGGAACAUUUCUGUUCUGGAGCGGCAGGCGCAGGGAGCGAGGGUGAGAGUCGCCAGGCUUGAAUGGACCUACGAAAGCAUCUUGCGGCGGACGGUGCCAACCGGGCAGUGGGAAGGUCGCCCCGCGCUAUCCCGAGACGGUGAACUUGGAACCGGGAGCUUGCGGUGGUGGCAACGCGAGCCCGUCCUAACCGCCCUAACCCGGGCGGUCAACGCUCUAGCUUCGCUCCAAGAAGCGGCGACCAGUAUGGCUGCGGUUGGGCAGCAGGCAGAGCAGGAGCUGGACUCCUUGGUCGCCUUUGUCGGGGGGGACUUCACCACGGUUCUCCGGCAGAAGAUAAGCGAGCGGCGCCAGGCCCUGUGGCAGGCGGAGCAAUCCGGGUUAGCCGUCAAUCGGCUGUGCAAACUGGUUCUGGAGAUGGAGGCGGCGCGGAGCGUGAACGCGCCGAGCGUGCUCGCGGCGCUGGGGCUCGAGCAAACCGGCCGGGUUUGGGUCGAGGGCUGCCUCCGUUUGCUAACCCAGUUUCAUGGCGCGUUGUCUCAGCACAUGACAAUUGCGGAGGCCCUGCAAAACGCUCGGGCGCAGCACGCGGCAAUUUUAGACCAGGCAAACGCCCACGUCGCGGCGGUGUCCCAGCUUCGGGACCAAGAACAGGGCCUCGGAGCCGCUCUGGGCGCCCUGGGAGAGGAGUUACGUCAGCGGGUUCCCGGAGUGACGUCAGCGGUGGGCGGGUUUUUGGAGGGGGCGGAGAAGCAUUCUGCGCUGACGAGGGGGUCGGAGGGGGUAUUGGGGGAGAUGGUCGCGGCGACGGAGGGAACGGCGGACGAGAGCGCGACUGUGAAAGCGAGGGCGGAGGAUGCAGUGGCGGUGCAAAAGGAGCUGAGUGAGCAGGUCCGUCAGCUCCAGGAAGACCUAAACCCUCUCCGAACCCUCCUGAACCCGCUCGUCCAAACCCUCCCCACGCUCCCCGCCCCCAGCUUCGACCAAUUCGAAACCAGCCCGGCUCUUGGCCCCUGGGUCCGCUUAUUCCUGGGGGAAUUCUUGCCGAUAUCGACCAAGGCUGCGGAGACUGUGGGUCAGCUGGCGGGAGAGCUUCCGGAAAACGCGGAAGAGGUGCUGGAGAGCGUGCUGGAGGUGGCGGAGACGGCGGCGGGGCACGCGUCCGCGGCGCUCCAGCGGGCUGCUGGGGGUGCGGGGGACGAGGUCCACGGGGACGCGCUCGCGCAGAAUGCGGCGCCGGCGGACACACGGAUCGCGGACGAACUCGGCGAGGCUGCGGCGAUCGCACGAGCGUCCGGACUGUCCGGUGAGGGGACGGGAGCCCCGUCCGAAGCGUCCGUGGAACGUGCCAGGGUUUCGUCCAAAACAAUCGGUGGAAAGAGCGGCGCGCGGUUGGUUGGUACGUCCGGAGAGAGGGUUGGGGCGCCGUCCGAAGCGGCCGGAGAAAAGACGGGAGCUCAGCCGGCGAGUGCGUCCGAAGAGAGGGCCGGGAUUCUGUCCGGAGCGUCCGGAGACCAGGGGGAGUUGCCUGGAAGCGUUUCGCAGCAGGGGGCGAUCGUGCAAGCGAGCUCAGAUCGGGGCGUGUCGCCAAGAUCGACUCAGGACAAGGCUGUUAUAACGACCCAGGAGAGGGCGACCACACCUAAUGCGACCCAGGGAAAGGAGCGCACGGUAGAAGGGCAGCCAGGGGGAAGGUCGGGUCGGGGUAAGGAGAGGAAUAAGGCCGGGGGAAAGCGCAGCGAGACCGGCUCAAAGGGGAGCGGGUUUGAGCGGAACAGGCACGCGAUUGCGGUGGUGGAAACAGUGAGGGCGAAGUUGGAAGGGCGGAUCAACGCAGUGAUCCCGUCCGUGCCGACGUCAUCAAGGUUGCUCACGGUCUCCGAGCAAGUCGAGUCGCUCCUUCGUCAAGCGACAAGCAUCGACAACCUGGCAAACAUGUAUGAGGGCUGGACGGCCUGGAUUUAGAACUGCCCUUAAACAUCGUAUCGGCUUCGAAAAGUGGUUAGGACACCAUGGAGGCGGGGCCUUGCCCUUGGGUAAGUAGGUAUGGGCCAGACCUUUUAACUGCCGCAGCCUGCAACUUACAACCAUUUAAGCUGCAGCAAGGCCGCUCCUGGCCGGAUCCGGUCAUGACAUGCGAUGGCACUUGCACAUGCAUAGCCGGUUGCCGCACUGAGGCUCACUUAAGCGUCCGACAAUGAUCCGAUCGCAUGCAAGCCAGCUUUGCGGUAGCAUAUGUAUAUGGGGUAGGAGCCGGGCCCUUCCUCCCCUCCCGUUGACGCACUGAAUAAGUGUCAAAUCUUAGCGACAGGCCCAAGUAUAUAAAAUCGUUGAUAGAUACAAGGUACAGACCUUUAUGUAUUUACUUCGUUAGUACCGGUAGUCUAGUAUAUUGCUACAGGUUGUAAGGUUGAAUUGAACGCCAAAAAUGGUCAUCAAUAGGUGGAGAUGGCCCAGCCGCCCGUGAUUUUUGAUGAGUCCGACUGGUCAUCAUGCAAGAAG